AUGGCGAUAAGACUCAACCGGCUGUUCUAUUUCGUAUUCCUGACUUGCGUUUCAGAUCUAAUUUUCGCCCAAAUACAUUACGUGAUCCCCGAAGAAAUGGAGCGCGGUGCUUUUGUUGGGAAUAUCGCAGAUGAUUUAGGGCUAAGUAUUGGCGAGAUGUCACUUCGCAAAUUUCGGCUCAUCUCUGAUGACGGAAUGCAGUUACUGAAGGUGAACGUGGGGGAUGGUAUUUUGGUUGUGAACCAGAGAAUCGACAGGGAAAUUCUCUGUGGACGAAGUGAGACUUGUUCUGUUUCUCAGGAUAUAGCGGUAGAAAAUCCAUUGGAAAUGCAUCGUGUCGACGUGGAGAUAUUGGAUGUAAAUGAUAACUCGCCCAGAUUUCCCAAAAUGAAAUACGCUUUACAAAUAUCUGAGUUAACUACAGCAGGAGCUCUUUUCCCACUGGAGAAAGCGCAUGAUGCAGAUGUAGGUACAAAUGCGGUGAGUAAUUAUGAAAUCAGCAAAAAUAAGCACUUUGGCCUGAAGAUUCGGAUCAGAAGCGAUGGCAGUAAAAUUGCAGAGCUGGUGUUAGAAAACCUCUUAGACCGUGAGCAACACUCUAGUUUUCAUCUGAUACUGACGGCCAUAGACGGCGGGACUCCUCGUAGAUCUGGUACUGCAGAAAUAAUCAUCACUGUACUGGACGGAAAUGAUAAUGCCCCAGUAUUUGAUCAUCAGAUAUAUAGAAUCAACGCAUUGGAAAAUUUACCUAAAGGUACCUUGAUCAUGACACUAAAUGCUGUUGAUUUAGACCAAGGAUCAAAUGGUGAAGUAAAGUACUAUUUCAGCAAUCAUGUUUCUCACAGUGUGAGUGAAUUGUUCAAUUUGAACCCCGCAACUGGGCAGAUCAGAGUUGAAGGGUCACUGGAUUAUGAAGAAGAGAAGGUUUACCAGCUUGAUGUAGAAGCUGUGGACAAUGGUACACCUGCAUUAAUUGGGCGCGCCGAGGUUCUUGUUGAAUUACUUGACGUUAAUGAUAAUGCGCCGGAGUUAAAAAUAAACUCGCUACCCAUUGAGGUACGUGAAGAUGCUGCAAGCGGUACUGUGAUCGCCAUAAUAAAUGCAAUGGAUCGUGAUUCAGGUGAAAAUGGACACGUGCAAUGUCAGCUGCCACCAAAUAUCCCAUUUAAACUCCAAAAAUCUUCGAACAGGCAAUACAAUUUCGUAGUGAGUGACUCACUGAAUCGAGAAAUGUCUCCUUUCUAUAACAUCUCCAUUUCGGCCCGGGAUGCUGGGUCACCCCCUCUUUCCACAAACAAAUUUAUCCACAUUUCGGUUUCUGAUAUAAAUGAUAAUGCACCGCAGUUUACACAGCCGUUAUAUAAUGUGUUCUUGAUGGAAAACAAUGCUCCAGCUGCAUCAAUAUUUGCUGUCACCGCUUUAGACCCGGAUUUGGGUAAGAAUAGCGAGAUAUCGUAUUUCUUAUCGGACAGUUUCAUACCUGAAAUUUCUGCGUCUGGUCACUUUAGUGUUAACUCCGAAAGUGGGUGCAUUUACGCGCUACGCUCUUUUGACUAUGAAAUGCAGAAAAAAUUUAAGAUCAAAGUUCAGGCUCGGGAUGAUGGAACUCCAUCACUCACCAGCACUGCUCUCGUCAAUAUUAUUAUUCUGGACCAAAACGACAAUGACCCAGUCAUUUUGUCACCUUCAAACGACAACAGUUCGAUUGUGAUUGCAUCAAAAUCUGCACGUCCCGGAUCCUUGGUGACCAAAGUAAUUGCUACUGACGCAGAUUCUGGACAGAAUGCACGACUUUCGUAUAAGCUCAUAGAAGCUACUGAUCACAGUAUUUUCAGUGUCGGAUAUACCUCUGGGGAAAUUAGAAUAACGCGAAAUUUUGGGGAGCAAGAUGCUCUCAGACAGACGCUCUUAGUUUUGGUCAAGGACAAUGGACAGCCGAGUCUCUCGAGUACAGUCUCAAUUCUGUUGACAGUCCAAGGUAACAUUACCGAAAAUACCUUUGAACAAAAAAGUGAACCUAAAAAUCCUGAAUUAUUUUCAGAUUUAAAUUUUCUAUUGAUCAUAAUUUUAGGAUCAACUUCCUGCAUAUUUCUCUCCAUAAUAGUUUUUCUGGUCGCUGUGAAAUGCAAACGAGACAGGAAUACAUGCUGUUACACGUCCAGAAUCAGUUGUUACAGACAAAGGAAUUCAGCCGAUGCCUCUCAGUGUAGAGUCGUCGGAAAAGCAAAUUUAAAUUAUUUAGAUUCUGCUCAAACUCUGCCUGUUCGUGAAUCAUAUAAUUACACCGUUUGUCUCUCUCCCGAAUCCUCUAAGAGCGAUUUUUUGUUCUUAAAACCGUGUCAUCCGACAUUGCCUCUGGAUGAUAUUAAUAUUCGUGAAACAGAGGAAUAAUGCAAUAAGUCCAUGUGUAAUGCAAUUAAUUUGCAGUUUAUACAUCUGUAUGCAUCCCCCACCCCUCAAAUCAAACUUUAUUCGAAUGCUUUCUCUGGAAUUCUUGCUCCACUUAUGUAUUAUCAGUUUCGGACGAGAACGUUGGAAAUGCAGUGUUCAAAUGCUGUUUUGUGAUUUCUGUUAAUAUUAGA